ACAAAAAUGUAUUUAAUCUUUUAAAAAUCGGUAAAAUAUUUUAUUAGAAAAUAAACGGACUAUAUAAAAUAAGUUUCUGAACGAAAGUAAACAUUGAUUUUUUUGAAUUUUCAAAAUGAUUUGUUUACAUACAUACAAAAUCGAAAAUCGGGUUUUUAAUAAAUUUUAAUUGAGACAUAACAUAACUAUUGUUUAUUUCGACAACAAAGUACAAAAUUAUGUAAUACUUAUUACAAUAGAACGCUUAAAGAGUCCAGAUAAUUCCAGAAUAAUGUAUAAGCCAAUAGAUUUCACGAGCAACGAUGUAUUUGAUGUUUGGACUUCGGUGUGCGAUAUAACGUCGACAUCGGACUUUGUGAGUCCUCGAAGUAAGAUGAUCAAGCAGAAACGGAAACGCGAGUUUCCGUGUACAGAUGUGCAACCUGCAAUCAAGAGGCCCGCGCCAUCGAUACGUGUCGGCUCCGGAUUCAAAUGGAACCUACAGGCGUUGGCGCAUGCGGCCGACGCGGUGCAGUCUGGCGGAAAAUCACCUGUCUCCGCCCUCAACGAGCUGGGCGUUCGCGUCACCUACACCGUGCUGAGCCAGGGCGGCCCAGCGCAUUGUCCCAGCUUCACCGUGGCAGUCAAUGUCGCCGAUAUGACCUUUGAAGGUUGGGGUCACAGUAAGCGUGAGGCACGCGCGUCCGCAGCCAGGGUUUGUCUCGCGGCUCUGCUCGCCCGAGCUGGCCACGUGCUGCCAGACCAGACCCGCGCCAAGGACUUCACUGUUGACGACACAACACCUUAUCCCGUCUCCGAAUUCCAAUGUCUCGAGAGCAAAUCGAAGAUUGAAGAGCAGACGAAGCAAAACGCUGUCACGGAAACAGCCCAGAGUCAGAUUGAGAGGAAUCUGCCCACGUCGUCGCUGUUCGGCGCCACCGCCCCCACCCCGGCCUCCAAGAGCCCCAUCAAUGUCCUCUACGAGAACCACCCGGGGCUGCUGUUCAUCUGUACCUAUGGGGACGGAACACCCUUGGAUUCUGCUCAGGUUCCGCUACAGCUGGCCCACAGCAUGAGGUUCAAGGUUGUCUGCCAGAUCAAGGAACAGAAGUUCGAGGGUUAUGGUUCGAGCAAGAAGCUGGCGAAGUUGGCGGCGGCCCGCAGCGCGCUGGCCGUGCUGGAGGAGGGCCGCGCCGACAUCGCGGACAGCCUGCUGCCCUCCGGCUACCUCUCGCAGACCCUCGCCGACCACAUAGCCAAUCUCGUGAACAGCAAAUUCAGUGAGAUGAUGAAGAAUGACGUCAUACAUUCGAAGAGGAAGGUCCUGGCCGGGAUCGUGAUGACGACCGACAGCAAGGUGGACGGUGCCAAGGUGAUAGCGGUGGCGACGGGCACCAAGUGCGUCUCCGGCGAGCACAUGUCGGUGCGCGGCCGGGCCGUCAACGACUGCCACGCGGAGGUGGCGGCCCGGCGCUGCCUCCAACGCCACCUGUACACCCAGCUGCUGCUUUACGCCUCACAAAAAGACCCCCGCAAGCCGAUCCCCGAGGCGGACAUUGAGCCCGCGGAGGGGGGCGGCUACCGACUCCGCCCCGACCGGCAGCUACACAUGUACGUGAGCACCGCGCCCUGCGGGGACGGGCGGAUAUUCAGCCCGCACGAGCAGCUACAGCACGAGCCGGACCGACAUCCCAACAGGUUGGCCCGGGGACAGCUCCGCACGAAGAUAGAGUCGGGCGAGGGUACGAUCCCGGUGAAGAACUGCAACAGCUUGCUGCAGACCUGGGACGGUGUUAUGCAGGGCGAGCGCCUCCUGACGAUGUCGUGUUCUGAUAAAGUGGCCCGCUGGUGCGUCCUCGGCCUGCAGGGCUCGCUGAUGUCCACGCUGCUGGCGCCCGUGUACCCGACCUCGAUAGUGCUGGGCUCGCUGCUGCACCCGCACCACUUGUACAGAGCGAUAUGCGGGCGCAUCGAAGCGUACAUAUCGUCGCUGCCGCCCCCUUACCAUCUCCGGCGGCCCCUGCUGGCGAGAGCAGCAAGCACCGAAGCCAGGACGCCAACCAGAGCACCGUCGUUCAGCGUCUGCUGGGCGUGCACUAACACGGCCCCCGAAGUAUUGAAUGCCACAACCGGGAAGCUAGAGAAUGGCCAGCCCUCACUACUGUGCAAACAGAGCAUGUUCGCUAGAUGGCAGUAUUUGAUCAAGAAACUACCCCCCUUACAGCAGUCACACCCGGACGGAACCAGCGUCUCAUUGCCGAAUCACUUGGAUACUUUACUGUAUAACGAAGCGAAACUACUCUCCCCAACGUAUCAGGUUGCGAAGGAUCGGCUCUUCCAAGCCUUCGAAAAAGCGAAACUAGGUCGUUGGAUUAAGAAGCCAUUAGAACAGGACCAGUUCGUAUGCGAACUCCUGAGCGCGGACCCAGCCGCUCUGUUCACUUAGACAGAUCUAGUUCAAGGUCAUAGCGCGACACGGUACGACGAUACAGCCCGAGGUGAUGAUGGACAGGCUAAUGACAGUGCUAAAACUGUAGGCGACGAUAAACGCGAGAGAAUCGAGGUGGAAUCUGGUGUGGGCGUAACCGGUGACUUGUUAGACGGUCCGUUGAUGUACGAAAAGCUAAUACUCGCCGAGAAAGCUCGUCAGCUUAAAUUAAUGAGCAUGAUAUUAAAAGCGAAAGAUAAAAGUAAAUUUCGUAUUUUCAAUGAUAAACAUUGCAAUGAUAAUGAUAUAAAAAUUAAUGAUAAAAUCGAUGGAGGCAAACGAAGUAAAGGAUUACCAAUGAAAAAAAAUUGUCAAAAGUUUAAAAAGUCCAUUAAAAACCAAAGAGGUAGCGUGUUUAAGAAAAUUAGUAAAAAUCGUCAUUCUAAAUUUAAAAUAGACAAUGAAUCUACGAAUAACAUUAACGUCACAAAUAACUAUCGACAGGAUAAUAAUAAUAAAAAUUGUAGUGCCAAUUUAAAAUUGAAAGUAAACCUCGGGAAAUCCAAAUGUGAUAGAUGGAAAGGAUUGUUAAUAAAGAGUAAUAAAAAAGUGCUUAAAAAGGCUAAAAUAAGUAAUAAAGAGAAUACAUACAAAAACACAAAAUCCGAUGCUGCGUUAAAAAAUGAAAAUAAAAAUUCUAUAAAUAAAUCAUUGAAUACCAAAGCGAACCUUCAAAAUUGUUCUAUCGAAAAAGACAAUUUCACUUCUGAACCGAAAUGUGAAAAUAAAUUGAUACAAAAGUUCAGUGAUUCUGAAAAUAAUUCCAUUACUAGUCAUCCGAAUGGAUACGUUAAAAAUGAAGGAUUAACAAAUAAAAAAGUAAACAAAUUAUUAAUAAAAGUUAACACAGAAAUUGUAAUCGACAAAAUAUCCAAUGAUUCACACGAAAAUAAAUGCGACGUGUUAAACAAAAUAUUUGAUGAUGGAGUCAAACGUCCAGAUGGGGACAUUGAAAUAUUUGAAAGCAAUCCGAAAAAUAAGCCGAACGAUGAUAAUAAAACCAAUAAUGAUGUUAAGAACAAAAACACCACUGAAAUUAAUGAUUCCAUUAUAAAAAAUAAGCAGUGUAAUGAUAAAAAUAAUGAAAUAAAAGUAAAUAGUGAUCAAAUGAAAAUUUCUAAAGUAAAAAAGAAAAAGAAAAAUAAAGUCUGUAAUGACAAAAGUAAUGACAUUAAAGUAAAUAAUGAUGAUCCGAAUGUUUCUAAAGUUGAAAAGAAUAACCAAAAUAAGCCCUGUAAUGACAAAAGUAAUGAUGUUGAAGUAAAUAAUGAUUAUCCGAAUGUUCCUAAAAUACAAAAUAAAGUCUGUAAUGACAAAAAUAAUGACAUUAAAGUAAAUAAUGAUCAUCCGAAUGUUUCUAAAAUAAAAAAUAAAAACAAAUAUAAAGUCUGUAAUAACAAAAGUAAUGAUGUUGAAGUAAAUAAUGAUUAUCCGAAUGUUCCUAAAAUAGAAAAUAAAGUCUGUAAUGACAAAAAUAAUGACAUUAAAGUAAAUAAUGAUCAUCCGAAUGUUUCUAAAAUAAAAAAGAAAAACAAAUAUAAAGUCUUUAUUAACAAAAAUAAUGAUAUUAAAGUAAAUAAUGAUCAACCGAAAGUUUCUAAAAUAAAAAAGAAAAACAAAUAUAAAGUCUGUAAUAACAAAAAUAAUGAUAUUAAAGCAAAUAAUGAUCAUGCGAAUGUUUCUAAAAUAGUAAUGAAAAAUAAAAAUAAGCCCUGUAAUGACAAAAAUAAUGUUAAUAAAUUAAAUAAUGAUCAACCAAAUGUUUCUACCGUAAAUAAUAUAAUUAAAAUUGAAACGAUACCAUGCAUAGUUCAAAAUAAUACCAAUGAGAACUCCAGUACUCCAGAUAACAAAAAGCACAAUAAUGAUAACUUUAUCAACGUUAAUAAUCGCUCGGAAAACCAAAGCGUCCUAAAAAACAGCUUUCUGCAAAUGAAACUUUCCAUAUACAAAAAUUUGAAUAAAAAUUAACGUUUUUUUUUUUUUUUGCAAAUAUCUUAUCUCGUAAAGUCAUUAGUACAACGACGCUUUUAAAUGCUAUAAAAUUUAAGCACCUUUGGACGCAUUGAGAACUCCGAAUAAUCAUGACUUCGCAUUGAAGUAGAUCAAGCACGUUAGCCUAUCCGAUUCUCAGGGUUUUUAUAAGUCGUUGCGUGAAUGUUAGUCUAAAAUUAACCUUUAAAAAAGUGAUUCCCUUUUAACGUGGCUGUUAUUCUAAAAUUCCCUAGCUAUAGUAGUAUGUAAUUACUGGUGGUACUGGACCUCUUGUGAGUCCGCGCGGGUAGGUACCACCACCCUGCCUAUUUCUGCCGUGAAGCAGUAAUGCGCUUCGGCUUGAAGGGCGGGGUAGCCGAUGUAACUAUAUUGAGACCUUAGAACUUAUAUUUCAUGGGUGGCGCAUUUACGUUGUAGAUGUCUAUGGGCUCCAGUAACCACUUAACACCAGGUGGGCUGUGAGCUCGUCCUCCCAUCUAAGCAAUAAAAAAAGAAAUAAUAAUAAUUAGGAUAUGUUGAUAUUGGAUUCAUAUGGCCAUUACAUUUUAUAACCUGCUGAUCCUAUCCUUUAUCUGAUUUAAAUUUUGUCUGAUGCAAAAUUCUUUUCCUUUGCUAUUAUUCCAUUUCCUUACCUUCGUCUGUAGCAAUAGGCACUGGGUGAAGCCACUUAAUAAAAAAAUAUUUACGAAGAAAUGAAAGGGGAUUACUUUUUUAAACCGCGUCGCGCUAUGGAAGUGAAGAGAUCUUGAUCAGUCUUAGGCGCAGAACGGAUUUUUACGAACUUAUGACAAGCGAAGGAUGUUUUCAUUACUGCUGUUCCGUUUCCAAGGGAAUGUUAGCGGUCGUAAGGUGAAAAAUAUGUCAACUUGAAGCCUGACCUUACAUAUGAAUAUCGACGCUUGAAAGGCAAACGUGACUAAGCGACAAUAACUGCUCUGUACAUAAAUGAUAGGCAAUAACCAUAUUCGAUGUGCAAAAAAAUAUAUAUAUUUCUAGGUCUAUUAAAAUCAUUUCAAUCCUACAGCUUCAGAUUCGUUAAAAUAGAAUUUUUUUCAGGUAUUUCAACUUUAAAUUAGUCUACUGUAAAGUUCACGCAUUGUCGCUUAGUCACAAGCCUUUCAAGCGUCGAUAUGCAAUUUCGGAAAGGGCACAUCUCUGAAAAUGUAAAAUGUUCAGGAAAUGAAAAAAAAAAUACUGAUUAUUUUCUAAAGCAAAGUGUAAAAUUUAAAAUAUUAACUUUUGAGAUAUAUUUUAGUGUUAAUUAGCAAUUGAAAAUUACUGUAAUUAUUAUAAAAUGGGUGUAGGUAAGCCUCAAAACUACAUGUAAAUGAAAAAACGUAUUUGACGAAAUAUGUGACAUGUGCCCUUUUCGAAAUUGCAUAUUCAAUUUAGGCCGAGUGGGUAGGAUUUUCACUAGAGAUAAAACUGAUAUCCGAUAACUAUCCGGCCAUGUUUUCACUAUCGGAUACCGGAUAGUAAACCAGUAUCCGUCCGGAUUUCGGAUAUUAACAUUUAAGAAAAUCUCAUGGUUAUACAAAAGGCAAACAAUACCACAAUAGGUUAUGGACAACUUUUAUUUUUAUAAUCGCACGUCAAAAGUGAUUGUUUUAUUAAUUAGUUUGGUUAAUACUCAAAAUUAACAAGUGGCAAAUUUUGGUGAACGAAUACCAAAGCGUCGUAGUACCGAUUCGUCGCGAUCUCCGCUCACGGGCGACACUCGAACGCGCAUGAUUUUUUCCGAAAGAGCCGAAUAUCCGGUAGCCGAUUAAUCUUGCCGAAUAUUUGGUAUCCGGUAUCCGGCCAAACCACUAUCCGUUUCAUCUCUAAUUGUCUAAUUUUUUUUCUAAAAAAAAAACACUGGUUACAACACACCCUUGAUUGUACAUAUAUAGCUCUGUGCCAAUGUUGAGGACUUUUUUGCGGGAACGCGAGGAGUGAAGUUGUGUGAUUUGUUUUAUUUUGUCUAUUUUGUGUUUCUUCAUUUUUCAAUGUGUAAUAACGGUGGUUUAUUAAUCAGCUGUGAAAGUACACAAAUAUGGGAAAAUAAAACAAAGCCGCCUGACGUAACUUCUCGGGAUCCUCCAAAAAGUCCACUGAAAAAGUCUCAGUGAAUGACCACCAUUUUACUGAGAUUAUAUUUCAUCCCAUAUCAUAUCAUCUCAUUUCAUUCCACCAUCAAUAUAGUUGUGGGAAUACUUAGUUCUCGGAUAACGGAGAUAGGUUAUGAUUUUUAUGACGUCAUCAUUAUUAAAGUGUGAGGGAGAUAACAGGAGUCCCUCACUCGCUCACUCAUCUCAUUAUCUCAUUGCGCGCUGUAUUUUUUGACUAUUCAAUUGUAGGGACAUUGUUUUGUGUGCGAGCUUAGGGGGAGUAAAAGUUGUGCCUAUUUUUGCCUGUAAGUACUAAUAUCUAAUAUAAAAAGACAGAGAGAAUGUUAUAUGGCCGGUACAUAACGUUUUUUUGUUACGUGACGGCUUUCCAUCAGUCAACUACUAAGGGCGCGUUAAGGAUCUUCCUAAAACAAACCUACGCCUAUGAUGGCUUCGUAUAGUUGAAAUAUUUUUCCGUUUACGCAAAGAUUUUCGUUGUGUAUUAUAAUUAGCGACAAGUAUUAUUUUAAAUGUUGGUUUUAUAUAUGUAAUAUCAUAAUUUGUUUAGUCAUUAUCUGUAGUAUCUGGGGUAUCGAAAGUAGAUCCGAAAAUUCUUUCGGGAAUCCUUAAAGCCUUCGUCAAACAGAACGCGUAGUUAGCGCGCGUCAGAGCGCUAAACUGACGCUGCGCUAUGACGCCUAGAUGUGUUGUACUACUAUGGUAACAUACCGUCAAACAGAGCCCCAGCGCUAUAAGUACGCAGCGUUAUUCGCGGCGUUAGGACGCUUUGACGUCAGGCGUUGUAAUUUUUUACAAAUUUUAUUUUAGCGUCCGAGUGAAUGUGUAUUAAAAUACUAGAUAAUGCCCGAAAAAAUGAUAUACAUAGUUAGAAAAUACCCAUGCUUAUACAACAAUGUCACAUCUGAAUCACUCGAUUUCUUAAUACUUUUAAAUGUUCACACUGCUAUCGAAAGGCACUAUGAUUUUGCGAAUGCGUUCUAGUCAAUUUGAAGAGCGCGACGUUAAGUACGCGGCGCUAAGUACGCGUUCUGUUUGACGAAGGCUUAAGUUGUGUUAAUCGCAUCAUAUACGAUGAUGCAUUGCUUGGUGAUUCCCGACGGAUUUUGAAAGUAAUAAUAAAUUUAAAAACGUUAUUAUUUUAAAUAUGUGACAUUUUGUAGAUGUCUGGAUUAAAAUUGAGAUUGCUUAACUUUUUUUUUUGGUUGUUUUUAUUGUUAAUUUACGGCCAUCGGCCACUAGACCUUAAAGUUAAAAAUGAAGUGUUGCUAGAUUAAGUGUAAGUCGACAAUGUCUUUGAAAAACAAUGAAGAUUUAUAUUUUUAUUUAUUUUUAUGAGGCAUUCCGUGUUUGUUAAAUGCAUGUUUUUUAAUAAAUAAUGGUGAUUUUAAUUAUUGUAUUAAUUUGAUAAUUAAAGGAUUUCGUUUUAAAGUA